UUUCAACUUGGUCAUAAUAAUGUCGGUUACUGUGAACUGGAAAGGAAAGCGCUUCGAUGUGCCCUUCCGGGAAGAGGCUGCAGACGCAGCGCGUGAAGGCUACGAUUGGACACGACGAGUGACAUUGGGAGAUUUAUUGGAAAAGUGUUCUCGAGCAUCCCGAGUUCCCAGGGAAAACAUCAAGCUGUUGCAUAGUGGAGCUAUAAUGAAGGAUCCCGCCGCAUCUCUAUCCGAUUAUGGGAUCCGCCAAGGCUCAAAGAUUAUGAUGAUCGGUGAUAAAACACUCCCUCCAGAACCUUCACAUCCCUCUCGCACGCGUAAUCAGCAGCCUAGACAGCAACCUACUCGUGACACAUCGGCUCCAGUGGAUACGAAAGCAUCAGAAGAGGCGUCCCUGAUCGAUCGACUGGAAUCACAUCUUGCAGAUACCCGUAAUACUGUUCUCCCGAUCGUUGAGGAUUACACAGACAAAGCCAGUAGGUACAUAGAUGAAGCCAUUCCGCCAAGCGACCCACCCAAAUCCCUCCGAGACUUGUAUGCCAAAGCAUCUGAAUUGCUAUUGCAAAGUCUUUUGAAGCUCGAUGGUGUUACAUGUCCCCCAGACUUUGAGAAUGCGCGCGCAAAGAGGAAAGAGGCAGUCCGGUUUGUACAGAGCCAUUUAGAUAGGAUUGAUGGACUCAAAGAACGAGUAAAUCUGGCUGCCAAACCAAAUGGAUCGCUUUGAGGUAUAUAGAUGUGGGCCUUUGGUGCGAGGCGCCUCACUGGCACCGCUUGUAGCAUUGUGUAUAUUAACUUGCACCAGAGAUGGAUAGUAAUCGCAACCAAAUUCAUUUAUAUAAGAAAUAGGACAAUUGUGCAACUCCCAGGAUACACCAAGGUUUGAACAUUUACACAGAUGACAUGAAGAAACGAAAUACAGUACAUUUGUCGUGUGCCGCUGUCAUACGUU